AAUAUAUUGUAAUACCCAUUUCAUUUUAUUUUCGUUUGAAGUGAAACAUAUUUAUCGUUAGGUAAAAUUAAGAUAUGAAAUAAAAACAAUAAUAAAAUAUAUAUUACAUUCCUGACAGCGUGAAAACUGUACAGUUAGCGGCUGCCAAAGUGAAGAAGAGGUAUUUAAAAAUAUUGAUAGUGAAAAAUUUGUGGGGUGACGUGCAAACAGUGAUGUGAGGAACUAAAAUUUGGAAAUGGGUAACGUGAGUUACAGCGGUUAUUUGACUCGUUAUCGCAUGUUACCGCCCAGCUCAGCCUUUUUGAUUUUAUCUACACCGGGUUUGGAUGAUGGAUUUCUCCAGGAAAGACAGUUGACUAAUAAUAGCCAUUAGUGAAAUUUGACUUAGGAAAAUAGUGGUAGGCAUUGUCAAGUAGGAAUAUGUCUGGAGUGGGAGCACGAAUGGCUGCGUGGCGAGCUCACGCGUACGGGGGCGUCGGUGAGCUGAGACUCGAGAGCGCCCGCGUGCCUCCGCUCCGCAGCGCCGACGACCUUCUCGUGCGCGUCGCCGCUGCCUCGCUCAACCCUAUCGAUCUCGCCAUGCUAGAUGGAUACGGAUCGCGCAUAUUGAACACGCUCAGACGUCUGGAGGGCGCAGACGUCGAGUUCCCGUUGGUGCCAGGGCGCGACUUCAGCGGCGUCGUAGUGCGGGCGGGUCGCGGGGCGCGACUGCAGCCCGGGACGCGCGUGUGGGGUGUCCUGCCGCCGCAUCGUCCCGGCGCGCUCGCAGAAUACGUCGCCGUGCCGUCGCGCUGGGCGGGGCCGGCGCCCGUCGCGCUCGAUCCGCUCGCCGCGGCCGGAGCCCUGUAUGCCGGCCUGACGGCCGCGAGCGCUUUGCGGAUUGCCGGUCUAGCGGGAGCGUCCGCGCUGGGAGCGCGCGUGCUGCUGCUCGGGCUCGGGGGCGUCGGCGCGGCCGCGCUGCAGCUACUGGUGCGGGGCGGCGCUCGGGUGGCGGUGAGCUGCGCGAACGAGCAGGCGGCCGAGGCGCUCGAGCUCGGCGCCGUCGCGGCGCUUCACCGCGGCGAACCGGACUACGACGAGAGGGUGGCCGCCUCGGGCCCCUUCGAGGCGGUGCUCGACUGCGGCGGCGUCGGCGGCUGGGCGGCCGCGGAGGCCGCUUCCCGCUGGGGUUUCUCGCGGUACGUGACGCUGACGACGCCGCUUCUGAGCGAAUGUGAUUCGCGCGGGCUGAUGGCGGGGAGCGUGACGGCGCUAGGGGCGCUGUCGGCGCAGACGUUCGGAGCGAUGCGAGGCGCCCUGGCGCGGAACCGAGAGGGGCCCUGCCCGCCUCACGUGCGCUGGGCCUUCUUCAUGCCGAACGCAUCCGAUAUAGAGAUGCUGAGACGGCUCGCCGACCGCGGGCAGUUCCGGGUGUCGGUGCAGCGCGUGUUCGGAUGGCGAGAGGCGCCGGCGGCGUUCGCGGCGCUGGCCGAGGGACACGCCAGGGGCAAGCUGUUGCUGGACUUCAACAAUUGAUCGCUUCUUUUACUUGUGAAAUACCUCCAUUCGGAUAUUUUAUAAGACUGUUUAGAUUUAGUGUUGUUCUGUUUUAAAAUAACUCGAUUGAA